GUGUCUUUUGGUUUUCUAUAACGUCGACAAUAGCGACGACAACUACGACGGCAACAACGAGAACAUUAUGUCAGCAAAAAUGUUCUCAGUCAUAAAUUGCUCGUGUUUCGAACUGGAACUUCAGUGUAUUCGUCGUAAAAUUCUAGUAAAUUAGACAUUGAAUAAAAAUAAGUGAUCAAACAAUAACAACUGACAACACACAAAUAAAAAGAACAACAAUAAUUAAAAUACAGUGUAUGCUAGUGUAUAAAAAAUAAAUUGACAUCAUAUACUUAAUAAAAAAUAUAAAGCAAUUAUAAAUAUAAUCUUCCAUAAAAUUAUUGAUCUCAGCAUCAUAUCUUUAUAACAAAAAAGAGCCAACAAAGAGUUGAGAGAACAGCAAACUAAGUUCAUUGUUGUUUUUUGUACGCAGCGUAACGUACUUUCCCACUUCCCGUUCCAUUUAUUCGCAUUACAUUUGCAACAUAUAAUGACAAUAUGACUAGAGUAGGAGAAGCAGGUGUACAGGAUGAUAUAGCUGAAGUCGAUGCGAAAUAUGGCAAAAAAUUAGCUUAUGAACGAAAUUUUAAGGCACCAUUAUGGCGUAAACGUUCCUGCACCGAUGUACCUUGUUUAUUAUUAUUUUUGGUCUUCCUGGGAGCCUGGGUCUUCAUUGCCAUCUAUGCUUGGCGCAAUGGAGAUUUAAACAAACUUGUAGUGCCCACCGAUUCAUUUAAUAAGAAAUGUGGCAUAGAUUCCGGUGUCUUGAAUAAGAAAUAUUUAUUUUUCUUUAAUCUCGACAAAUGUAUAGAUCCCCUAGUACCUAUAACAGGCUGUCCUACGCCUCAGAUCUGUGUCGAACAAUGUCCACAACAGACUUUCAUUUGGGAUACCAUGAAAAAUCAAUUAUCAUUGGAGGAGUUGAAAACUAGACUGAUUUGUCUCACUGAUGCCGAUAAGUUUAAUAUAAACAGCAAAGAAGAUGCUCAGAAGGCUAUAAAUGAAGAGCGCUGUGCUAGAUGGUAUAUUAAAAGUGCACCAUUUUUAAAUCGUUGCAUGUGGGAAUUUUCACCACAGGUUUGUGAAUUUAUACCAGCUUUCCUAUUGCAACGUAAUCAAAGAGAUCUGUCUAGCCUGCAAACGAAUAUGACUGUUGCCGCAAGUGAACAACAAUUACAAGCUUUAGCAUUAACCAUGUUUCCAGAAGCCCAGGCUCUUAUGUCGAAACCAGCCCAGACAAUUGAUCCCAAACUUGCGCUAGCUGAAGAGCCAGUCGUGCAAUGUCGCAGACGCCAGCAAUUGGGUGAAACUGUCAUAAAGGAGAAAAUGCUGCAAACCGAUACUAGGCUGGCGAAAUUCAUUGGUAACAUUGUGGCUCAUUUUACCAAUGGUACCCACGAAGCCCAACGGGUGGGCGAAAAUGUUGUCGAGGAUAUUUUGAAUUCCUAUAUUGUUAUAUUAACGGGAAUAUUGUGUACCUUGGUGGCUUCGUUGAUAUUUAUUGCACUGAUGCGCUGGCUGGCUUCACCCUUCUUAUGGACUUCAAUAUUUGGAGUACUUAUUGGUCUUGUGGUGGGCAUAUAUUAUAGUAUUACUAAAUAUAUAUUUUAUCAUCGAGAAGCUACUGUUCCACAACAUGCUCUAAAUUUAAAUGCUGUCGUGAAAAACGUUUUGCAGGACGAACGUUUGUGGCUUUAUUUGAGCAUAUUCUUAUGCGUAUUCUUCAUUGUCUUGUUGCUGCUUUUAAUUGUGUUGCGCAAUCGAAUCAGCAUUGCCGUGGCACUUAUCAAGGAGGGCAGCAAAGCAGUUUCCAGUGUCAAAUCCACCGUAUUCUUUCCCAUAUUUUCGUGGAUGCUCUUCAUUGUGGCGAUUAUAUACGCAGUUGGAGUCGGCCUCUAUUUGGGUUCAAUUGGUAAGAAUUCAUUUAGAAUGAUCAGACAGCUAGAUCCGAAUAGUGUGACCGGAGUAACCCAAGAGAACUGUAAAUGUGAGGGUCCAGCUAUAAAUUACACAGUAGGAGCAAAUUGUGAGCCGCAAAUAUUUCAAGAUCAUUGCUACAAUGCUGACAUUUCUUUGGUGGGUUUCUUUCAACAAUCACAAAGAUCUCCCUGCACCAAGACAAUGUGCAGCUUUCUGGAAGUCCAACAUACACCACUGAUCAAUUGGUUCAUUGUUUACAAUGUGUUUGGUUAUUUGUGGCUGACAUUCUUUAUAAGCGCUUUCAGUGACAUGGUUUUGGCCUGUACAUUUGCCACCUGGUAUUGGACUUUUAAGAAAAAGGAUGUACCUUUCUUUACCCUAACCAAAGCCAUCUUCCAAACGUCCUUUUAUCAUUUGGGUACAUUGGCAUUUGGCUCAUUGAUUUUGGCCAUUUGUCGCCUGAUACGCUUGAUAUUGGAGUAUAUUGAUCGCAAGCUAAAAACAUACGACAAUGCUGUCACACGAGCCAUUCUCUGUUGCAUGCGAUGCUUCUUUUGGCUGCUGGAAUCAUUUUUACGUUUCCUAAGUCAAAAUGCUUACAUCAUGUGUGCCAUACAUGGUAAAAAUUUCUGCACUAGUGCCAAAGACGCUUUCAAUUUAACCAUGCGCAACUUUUUGCGUGUGGUCACUUUGGAUAAGGUGACUGAUUUCCUAUUCUUUAUGUCUAAACUCUUGAUAACGGGAGGAGCUGGCGUUGCUACUUAUUUCUUUUUAUUAAAUAACCCGUCCAUUAUACAACUACAUUACUUAGCCGUGCCCACAGCCAUCGUAGCCAUAUGCGCUUUUCUUAUAACAAGUGUAUUCUUUAGUGUUUAUUCCAUGGCUGUAGAUACUCUAUUCCUGUGCUUCCUUGAAGAUAUUGAAAGAAACGAUGGUACACCCGAGAAACCCUACUACAUGUCCAAACAACUUAUGAAAAUAUUGGGCAAACGUAAUAAAAUACCAAAAAGGACAACAUAAAUUUGAUAAAAAAAACCAAAGUUACAUGUAUAAAACAAAAGUUAGAAGGGAAUGAAUAUAUGGUGCUGUUUAAGAGGGAUAUACAAAUCACCUUACUUUGAAAAUAUUUUCAUUAUUGAGUUUGAAUAACAAAAACAACUUAUAUGAAAAGUUUCUCAAAGUGAUGUGAAUUUGAAAUUCAUAUAACUAAAAUUUUGAGAUAUCUGAAAUAAAUGAAGUUUAAAUUGUAUUAAUUAAGAGGAAAUGUCAAUGAAAUUAUGAAUCUCAUUUUCUAUAUUUCACCUCAAAUGUUAUUAUUUCAUAACUAAAUUGAUCUAUAACCAGAAAUUGUCCAAACUUCAAAUAUGUUACAAUUUCUAACAAAAAUCCCUUUUUUAAUAUUCACAUUCAAAUCCAAAUGGUAUAUUAAUUACUUAUGAUUAUCAAGUUCUAAAGAAAUAAAAUGAGUGAAUUUCCAAUAGAAAAUUCUUAAAUGAAUAUAUAAAGUCCGUCACAUGAACCCCAAAAGAAUUUGGGUACAUUUAAGUUUUACUUAAAAUAAUUGUUUAAUAAUAAUAAUUAAUUAACUGAAAAGACAAUUAAAAAAUCAAACAAAUUUCUUUCGAUUUGUAAAGAAAAGAAAACACUAUUUAAUAUUUAUAAUUUUAAGUUAAGUAAACGAUUGCAAUAUUUUUCAGUGAUUUUGACUCAAAAUCAUUUUAAAUUAAAAUUAAAUUAAAAGGUUGUGUUGUGAAACAAAUAAUAAAGAAUGAAAAAGAAUAACGGAAGGCUUUAUUGAUACUUUUGUAAACCAGAAUUAUUUAUACGAAAAUAAAUAUAGUGCAUAUAGUAUAUUUAAAAAUAUGUAUUUAUAUAUCCAUAUUAAAUUUUAGAUUAAAGUUUUUAAUUAUCGAAAAAUGUCUUCAGAAAUAUAUACAUACAUACAUACAUAUUAUAUGUAUUUACAUUAAAAUUUACAUACCAAAUAUUGUUGUAAAAUUAAUAAAUUUGAAAUAUGAAUUACGACUUAUUUAAAAUUAAAUUGCAUGCCAAAUUUACGUUUUUUCUUUACACAUCAUAUAUGAAUUUAUUUAAAUUUUAAAAUAUAUAAAAAAAAUUAAAUAUGUCAUAUUAUAUACAUACAUAUGGAGUAUAUUAUAAAAUUAUGUUGCAAAUAUUAUAUUAUUAGUAUUUAAUUAAUUAUUUAUGUUAUUUUAUAAAUAUUUAUGAAAAAUCGAUAUACAUAAUUUAUAAUAUUCAAAUAUUAAUGAAUUAUUUUGAAUGCUCAAAAAUAAAAGUUAAAAUUUUUCAAAAAUACAUAUAAAUA